AUGUCCCUCCGCAUCGUCCCGGCCGACGCCCACCCCUCCCACUUCAGCCACAUCCCCUCCCGCACAGCCGGCGCUCCGUCAGCCCCGGGCCUACACGACACCCUCCGCGCCGGCGUCGGCCCGUCUGCCCUCAACACCCCUGACAACCAGCCGGCGUCGGCCCACCCGCUUGAAGCCCGCCUGAAGGCAUGGGAAUCGACACGCGAGACGCUGCGCAUGGAGACGCUCCGACGGACCUACGGCGUCGCUGAGCCGGUGCGUCGGCAGAUGGAGCUCAAGAUUGCGCGCGAGGGCCAGUGGAAGCCGAUGGCACUUGGUGGGGCGGGUGUGGCCUCGACGGGGCUAGGGAUGGGGAGUGUGCACGAGGAUAUCCUGGCGGGUAAAGACGAGAGCAUCACGUGGGAGGAUGUGUUUACGGGGGAUGAGAGUAAGGCAGCGGUGGGAGUGCAUGAUGAGAUGGAGAAGAAGUUGAAGAUGUGA